AAGCCGGCGCUGAGUCCUGCAUCCCGGCAGACGCUUGCCGGGUAACCUGGAGCUGCUGCUGCUGCUGCAGAUGGCUUCGAGCGAGGCGGCGGCGGGAGGCAGAGCAAAGGAAGACAAUGGCCUGAUUCGUGUGUUUCCAGUGUGUUUAGAAGGCGACGGGACACUCUCCUUCCGAGGCCUAGAAUCUGACCACUUUAGGAAGUCUCGAAAUACUUCAAACCUGCAGAUCUUCCGAAACAUAGAGAAUUACAUUCUGUUAGUGAAGCCAGAAAAUCCAGAAAACCAGGAGGCAGUAUUUGAGGAUAUGACAACGCAGGACGGGAAUGACGAGUCUGGGAUCAGGUUCACGAUCCACAGUUACGACGACACGGUGCCCAGAGGGAAGACUGUGGCCUUAACCACGAGGAAGAACAACAAAACCUACUGCUUGUGUGCUGAGAAGCAAGCCAACGGAGAGCUGCGGGUGGCAUUCCCGGAAAGAAACAUCCCGGAACGCAUUUCGGGAGAGACCAGUGACAUCAUCUUCUUCCAAAUCCCGUUUUCAGAAGGCGACAGCAAAUUCUUCAAAUUUGAGUCCACGCUGGAGCGGGGCUAUUUCCUUGCCUUUGAGAGAGGGGAGGGCAGCCACACCAGGAGACUGGUCAUGAAAAGGGUGCUGGCAAAAGACGAGGUGGACGAAACCAUGAAGCUGUUCCCUUCCUCGCGUUAGCGCUUUUCGCCUGGAGCCAAGCCAUGGUUCGUGCCACUUCCAGACACAUUCAGUUGCAUCCUUCUUCAGCAAAACUGUGUGGGUUGGUGGGAAAUACUUCAUCAGCACUCAUAUUAAAACCUGUACAAGACUGAUAA